AUGCAGUGCCAUUUUAAUGGAACUCUGCUGAUCCAAGUCCUCCCUCCACUGUUGGUGAUAGAGAUCAUUCUCGGGCUCCUCUGCAAUGGUCUGGCCCUCUGGAUCUUCUGCCUCCACCUGAAGCCCUGGAAGAGUAGCACGGUGUUGCUCUUCAGCCUGGCGGUGGCCGACUUUCUGCUCAUCAUGGCUCUGCCGUUCCGUGCCACCUACUACUAUUACGGACUCAACUGGAUCUUCGGAGAGGCUCUCUGCAACAUCUGCUUGUUCAUGCUGGCUAUGAAUCGCAGUGGAAGCAUCUUCUUCUUGAUGGCGAUCGCCGUGGACAGGUACAUGCGGGUUGUGCAUCCCCAUCAUGCCAUCAACUUUAUGAGUGUCUUCAAAGCCUUUCUAGUAGCACUUGGAAUCUGGAUCGUCACCAUUGCAAUGACUGCACACGUCUUCUUGUCAAAACAUCUCAUCCCAUCUUCCAAACAUCCCAACAGGACGUACUGUGAAAGCUUCAUGGUGGAGGCCGACGCCCGCAACAAUAUGAACUGGCACAAGUUUGAGUUCCUCUUUUCCUUCUACCUGCCGUUGCUUGUGAUUCUCUACUGCACCAUCCACAUCGUCACCCACCUCAGAGGCAGACAGCUGGCCCAACAAGCAAAGAUCAAGAAGGCUCUGUGCUUCAUGAUAUUGGUGGUGGUGCUCUUCAUCACCUGCUUCCUCCCGAGCAACCUCACGCAGGUGGUGAUUUGGUUCAGGACCAGUGAGCUGACCAGCACCCUCCCCAAAUCGGAAGUCUGUGACGCCUUGGAGGAACUGACCAGCGGAUUCUACAUCUCCAUCAGUCUGACCUAUCUCAACAGCGUGCUGGACCCCAUCGUCUACUACUUCUCCAUCCCUGCCUUCAAGAACAUCUGCCGCAAAGCACUUCACCUGCCCCAAGCAGAGCAGACUGAGAGCACUGGGAGGAAAACUCGAGAAACCGGCUCCCACUCACUCAGCCAGCUGUGAUCACGCAGAGAAGAUCAAGGAAAUCAAACAUUUUGAUCAAAAGUCACACAUUUCUCUGCAAC